UUUAGAUUCGAAUUGAUAUGAGCGAGGACGUUCAGCUUGCUUUGUGUCCAUAUGGGCGUUUAUAAGGGGCUCAGAGGUCCCAGAUUCCUGGAUUUGUUUCAUCUUCAACAACAUUGGUGAUCCGUCCAUUGGGUUCUGUUCGCUCUCGUGAUCUUGUUAUAUUGAUACUUCACCACGACAAUGGAUUGUGAGGACCAUACCGAUAUGGCAUAUACUCCUCCGCUUUCGUCGCGCUCCGGUAGCAGGAUGCGGAUGAAAUCCAGUCAACCGCCCCAGGAAACAGUCAAGCAGUUCUGGGAUGACUUCAACUCCAAAUAUCCUGGAUUAGUCAAUACCGUGUUACCGGACAAUCCGUAUGCGCGCACGAAGGCUGCGAGGACACCCAAGGGGGUGAUCCAAGCUCAGGUGGCGGGGAAAUCGUACGAACAGGCACGGAAGGAGUGCCAACGUGCCGUUGAUCGAAUUGCUAGCGAAUGCGAACGGUUGAACCAGAAAUACUCGGAUCCGCAUUUCGACAUCGCAUCCGAUCUCAAGUGCGGGAGAAGGAACUACCUCGACGGGCUGAUGGAGAAGAACCUGGAGAUGCGGCCGAGGGGUGUGAAAAGAGUUACCGAAAUCUUCGAGAAGCCGCAAUUCUACGUCAAUGGACCUACGGCCUCUGAUGUGCGCCAAGGUCGCGACGGUGACUGUUGGUUGAUGGCUGCGUUGUGUACAAUGGGAAAUAAGCAGGGGUUGAUUGAAAAUGUCUGUGUUGCUCGGAACGAGAAGGUGGGCGUUUAUGGUUUUGUUUUCUACAGAGACGGCGACUGGCAACAGUGCAUUGUGGACGAUAAGUUGUACCUUCGUGCAGCCGACUACGACGAAUCUGUGGAUGAGCGACCGAUCUGGGAUGACAUUGCAAGAAAAGACACCGAAGAAGAGUAUCGCAAAGCGUGGCAGACGGGCUCUCGCGCUUUGUAUUUCGCUCAGUGCGUUGAUGAGAACGAGACAUGGCUGCCCUUGCUCGAGAAAGCCUACGCCAAAGCUCACGGUGACUAUUCUGCGAUUGAGGGUGGAUUUGUGGGCGAGGCUCUCGAGGAUCUGACGGGCGGAGUCACCUCUGACAUACUUGCCAGUAACAUCCUAGACAAAGACAGAUUCUGGAACGAGGAGCUUAUGAAGGUCAACAAGGAGUUCCUCUUCGGUUGUGGCUGUGGCCUAUUCUCCAACUGGCUGGACCCGGGUUAUCGAGGGCCACCAAGAGACAGGAAGGGUAUUUCGGAAAACCACUCUUACUCCAUCAUGGAUGCGCGAGAGAUUGAGGGACAUCGCUUGCUGCGGCUGAGAAACCCAUGGGGCAAGAAAGAAUGGACCGGUGCUUGGAGCGACGGCUCUGAACAGUGGACACCGGAGUGGAUGGCAAAGCUGGGGCAUAAAUUUGGCAACGACGGGUUCUUCUGGAUCUCCUAUGAAGACUUCCUCAAAAAAUACCAGCAUUUUGACCGAACUCGCCUGUUCAACGACGACUGGACGGUCACCCAGCAAUGGACGACCUUAAAUGUCCCCUGGUCCGCUGACUAUCACAGCACCAAGUUCGUGCUCAAUGUAAGCCAAGCUGGACCAGUUGUUAUUGUUCUCUCGCAGCUGGACGACCGUUACUACAAAGGAUUAGCCGGUGAAUACGACUUCGUCCUCAAGUUCCGCCUGCAAAAGGAAGGCGAAGACGACUAUUUCGUGCGCAGUCAUAGCAGCGAUCUCAUGUAUCGGGCCGUGAAUGUCGAAGUUGACCUCGAACCCGGCCGCUAUCAUGUACUCAUGAAGGUCACGGCCUACCGAGACAACGAGAAAAUGCCCACCGAAGACGUCGUGCGGAGCCUCGCACCCACCCGACGGGAAAAGCUCGUCCAGAUUGGCCUGUCGUACGAUCUCGCCCAUGCGAAGGGCAUAGUCCCCGAGACGGAGGGCGAGAAACGCGCGCGCGAGGAGCGAGAAGAGCGCCAACGGGCUGCAGAACGGAGAAAGCUCCGCGAGGAGACCAAAAAGCGACUUCAGAAGGAGUGGAUCCGCGACCGGAAACGCGAAGCCCGGCGCCAUCGUCGCGAGGAACGGCUUGCCGAAGAGGCUGCUCGGACCUGCCGCAAGGGAUCGGAGGCUGCGGAGCAUACUCCCAACGGUCAUGUCGAUUAUGUCUCCGCGGCGGGGGAGAAACCUGCCGAAAAUGGCUCGAUCCCCACGAUUCAGGUCAGCAGCUCACAUGUCAACGGUCACGACCACCCAAGGGGCCGGGUGUCCCUGUCUAUCCGCGAUAAACGGUCGCCAGUCCAUACACCCCAUCCCGACCAGAAGUAUCUGGAAGGGUUCGAGUUCGAUUCCGAUCUCGACAUGCCUCCCGAAGAACCACCGACGGAGCCGAAGACGCCCGUUCGCACCAUGUCGUACGGAAGUGAGGUGGACGCCAAUGGGGACCCGUGGAAUGCCGUCUGCGUGGUGGGAUUACGCGUGUACUCGAAGGAUUCCGACCUGUCGCUUGAGGUUCUGCGUCCUGUGCCGGAGGAUGAAACGGAGGCUUGCCUCGACAUGGAUGAUCCGGCUGUAAGUGCGACGUCGGAGAAACAGCCUCGGAUUCUGUCUGGCCUUUAGCGGAGCUACUCGGUGCAAAAUAGGGGAAUAAUCUUUUUUUCUGGUCAUUUCUUUAAUGUGUUCUCACUAGACAGUUCAUUUAUCCUUUGGUCAGUCUGGUGUGUGUGCUAUAGCGGCAUAACGCUCAGGACGGCCCUCUAUCUAUGAUCCAAGGACGAUUCCUUCAUGC